AACUACAGAAUCACUCAAAAUAUUUCAUACACGUAUGUUAUUUUACCAAAUUAGUUAUAUAAAAUGCUGUGUUACAUUAUUUGUUUGUUCGCUGUGAUAAUUAGUGCAAAUUGUGGAUUAGCCCCAUUCAUCACACCAUGUGAAACACAGAACGACACUUGCACUCUAGCAGCAGCACAAGCAGCGUUACCAUAUGUAGCUGCCGGUUUACCUGAACUGGGUGUUAAACCACUGGAUCCCUUGAACAUACCAUUAAUAAACAGUGACCAGGGUGGGUUGUCACUCACCUUCACAGACAAUGUGGUGACUGGACUUAAGAACUGUAAAAUUGACGGCAUUAGACACGACAUCACCAAGCCUAAACAGUCGGUGGUGAUCCGGUGCUCCAUCGACCAGAGCGGACAUUACAAGCUCAGUGGGAAGCUUAUUAUAUUACCAGUUGAGGGAGAAGGCAGAUAUAAUAUUAAUAUACGUGACAUCGUGAUUAAAAUGACGAGUGAAGUGAGAAUUAUUCAAGGAGAGGACGGGAAGCCGCACUGGCAUGUGAACAAGUGGAAACAUGCGUAUCAAGUCAAAACUAAUGCACACUUCCAAUUUGAUAACUUAUUCAAUGGUAACAAGAUUCUUGCGGAACCAGUAGAAGCGUUCAUGAACAACAAUUGGAACGAUGUGAUGCAGGAGGUAGCGCCGCCAGUUGUCUACUCCAUCGUGUCUGCUGUUAUGGAUACCAUAGAAUCUCUCUUCAAAGCCGUACCGGCUGACGAACUCGCAAUUAGUUAGGCAGAAGAUCAGUUACUAUCUACAAUUAUUUAGUGUUAAGGGUUUGUGAUUAU